UCAGCUCCUCCAUUCUCCCCCAACCCCAACCCUUAUCCCCAAAACCCCAUCGACCCAAUCCUCCCUCCCAGUCUCACCCAUGGCGGCCACUCUCUUCUCCACCUCCCUCUCCCCCCAGUUCCUCUCCCUCCCCUCGUCCUCCUCCUCAACCAAGCCGGCCCCGUCCGCGUUCUUCCCCUCCAAGCUCCCGCAGCUCCGCGCCCUCGCCGCCGCCGGUUGGAGGCACUCGCUCGCGCCCUUGGCCGUGGCCGUGUCGUCGGAUGUCGACACGGAGGAGUCCUCCGCCGAAUUCUCCGAGGACCUAAGGGUGUUCGUUGGCAACCUCCCCUUCAGCGUCGACAGCGCACAGCUAGCCGGGCUUUUCGAGCAGGCCGGCUCCGUCGAGAUGGUUGAGGUCAUCUAUGACAAAUUGACUGGAAGAAGCCGUGGAUUUGGGUUCGUGACUAUGUCUACUGUCGAAGAAGUCGAGGACGCUGUUGAGCAGCUCAACGGCUAUGUACUUGAUGGGAGAACUUUGAAGGUGAACUCAGGGCCACCACCACCCAGGGAUCAAUCCUCACCAAGAGGAUUUAGAGAGCAGUCUGGAGGAUUCAGGGAGCAAUCUGGAGGAUUCAGGCAGCAAUCCUCACGGGGUCCUAGCGGUGGGGACAACAGGGUCUAUGUGGGUAACCUUUCUUGGAAUGUUGAUGACGCGGCUCUUCAAAACUUGUUCAGUAAGCAAGGGAGUGUCUUGGCUGCUAGAGUCAUCUAUGACAGGGAGAGUGGGAGGUCAAGGGGAUUUGGUUUUGUUUCAUAUGGUUCAAGUGAUGAAGUUGAGAGAGCAGUAUCUAAUCUCGAUGGCGCUGACUUGGAUGGGAGGCAGAUCCGUGUUACAGUAGCAGAAGCAAGACAACCCAGGCGAGAAUAUUGAAAUCCUAUUUUAGAUGAUGUUAAUCCUGUGGUUAGUCCAGAAUACGAACUAUAGUAUCGUCAGGAUUGUUCUUCAUUGUUAUCCAUUCUAGUUGUAAUUUCUCCACCGCAUGGUUGGAAAAGAUUUUGUUUGUUAAAGAGAUAUGCAUGCGUUGGAAACCA